GUAAUCAAGGGAAGAUUGAAAUUGAGAGAGAGAAAGAGAUAGAGGGAGAGAGUGAAGAUGGUUUUGCUUGAGAAGCUUUGGGAUGAUGUUGUGGCUGGGCCUCAGCCUGAUCGUGGUCUGGGCAAGCUCAGGAAGCUCACCACCAAGCCCUUGAGCGUUAAAACUGAUGAAGGAGAAAGCAGCAAGUACCAGAGGUCCAUGUCGAUGCCGGCGAGCCCUGGAACUCCGGCGACGCCUAUGACUCCCACCACUCCCACGUCGGCUCGUAAGGACAACGUUUGGAGGAGCGUGUUCCACCCAGGUAGCAACCUCGCCACCAAGGGGAUGGGUUCUGAUUACUUCGACAAGCCAACUAAGAAGGACAACCCAACUGUUUACGACUGGCUUUACAGUGGGGAGACAAGGACCAAGCACCACCACUGAGACGGCGGUUACCGGGGGUUGCAUGUACAUACUGUUUUUUGCUUUCCAGUAUCUGCAACGUGUCAUCACCAUUUUAAUGGUUCUGUGAUUACGUGUCCUAGCUAGGAGUGUGAGCUGAGCAAGUAAGCUUAAAAUUGGGUUUUGUUAAGGUGUGAAGCGCUGACACGGUUGAGACGAGUCCUUUUGGGUUGUUUUAACUUCAGAUCUACCGUGAACGGUGGUGAUGAGUAUGUUUUUGUAUUAUUAUUGCAGCUGUUAUUAAUAAUAAUAAUAAAGAAAUGGUAUGUGUA